AUGUCUCACGUUUAUGCUUCCAGUCACCCUUUAGUCGCUCAUAAGAUCUCCAUUCUUCGUAAUAAGAACACUAAGUCAAAACAAAUAAGAGAACUUAUGCAUGAAAUUGGUCAACUUCUUGCGUACGAAGCUACUGCUGACUUAUCUCUUAAAACUGCAGAGCCUCAACAAAGUCCCUUGAGAACAUAUUCAAGCGUUGAAUUAGCACCUAAAAUUGGUCUCGUACCUAUAUUAAGAUCUGGUAUUAGCUUUGUAAAUGCUUUGCAAGAAUUGAUCCCGACUGCUAGAAUUUUACAUCUUGGAAUUUUUAGAGAAAAGAUAUCACUACAACCUGUUGAAUAUUAUAACAAAUUACCUUCGGAACCAAAUGUAGAUCAAGUUAUUGUUUUAGAACCAAUGAUUGCUACGGGAGGAACCGCUAUUGCCGCAGUUAGCAUUUUAAAGGAUUGGGGAAUAAAGUCUAAGAUUAAAUUCAUUACAGCAGUUGCUUCUCGUCAAGGUCUCAAUAAUCUUCAUAAAAAAUAUCCAGACGUCGAAGUUUUCGUGGGUGUAAUAGAUGAAAUUUUGGAUGAUCAUGGUUAUAUUGUGCCCGGAUUAGGAGAUGCCGGUGAUAGAUUAUUUGAUACCCCAAGUGCAUAG